GACAUUGUACAUCCAGCGCCCGACCCACAUGUCACAACACACAACCCUGUGAAUGUUUGGCGAAUUUAUUCCACUUUAUAGCAGUAUUUCGACGGAAAAGAGGGAUUGUUGAGCGCUAAGCAGCAAUGGAACGAUUUGGUAUCCCAAAGAUGGACAGACGUCCAGAUGGAAAACCAGUCCUUUCGUCAUGUCACAUCAGCCUGAUGCACAUCCCGCCAGUACGUUAGGAGAGAUUUCCGACUGUAAACUUUUUAUCAAAGAGGAUUCAAGGGGGAAAAAAUGUCCGACAGCGGUGAUGGCGAUAAAAUGUUACCCCCCUUAAUACCAGAUUCGCAACUUCAAGACAUGAUGGACCAUCAUGCACAGAGGAUGCACUGGCUCCACCAGCUCAUCAAAAUGCAGCAGUUAUUCCGCACGUCUGUGGUGGCUGGUGAUCCACAGGAAUGUAAAGAUGUCACCAUGACUCCACGUGAUCCCAGAUCAUCGAAUGUUGUAGACCCAUCCAUCCUGUGGGGCACCUUCCCCCCUGGCGUGUUAACCUCAGGCGCAUUGCAGUCAAGAGUAACGCAAUCAAUUAAAUCGGACGUGACUACUGCAGUUGAUUAUACUACCUCUCAGAGUGGGCCUUCUGAUGUUACUUCUAAAUUCAAUUCCAGAAGUCGACUUACUGCUGCCGCACAAAAAAAUCAAAUUCAGCCCAAGGCGCCUGCGAUGAUCAAACAGGGUAGGGGGCCUCUCUGCAGUGCAAACUCCCACGAACAGAAACCUUUGCAUCCGUUUAGACUGACCUCUCCCACUAGACAACUCGUCAACGAUUCUUCAGACGCCCAGACAGUUGGAGGUUCUCCUUCAGCAUUCAACAAGAAAAGUCUACCUCAGUGCCCGGACUUGACAGCAUGGUCAGGUUUGAAUAACCACCAGACAUCCUCUUCGGAUGUUGAUUUUACCCGCGCCUGGUUGGAUUUGCAUUCAGUACUGGAUCUGAGCACAAAAAAUGCAAACCAUUCUGCUGCAUCCUCAUCAGGUUCGUCAUCGAAGAAGGAGCUUCGGAAGUCAGUGAUAACAGCUCCAGAUUUACAUGGUCAACAGCACGGUCCAUGUUUUAGUCAAGACACCUUGUCAAUGAAGCACGCACAUCUGGCCAGGAAUUCAGAUCAGUUUGUGUCACCCAACGCCUGGUCAGAACGUAUUCCCUUUCCCCUGUUGAAUGCGGACUCCACCGAUGUGAAUAAAACCACCUCUCGUGCUCCUGAAACCACUUUGACUUCUCGGAACAGAGAAGGGUCACUCAAAGAGUGUCAUGGCGCAGGAGGCAGAAUAACAGAGUCUCAGGUGAAGGUGGAACGGGUCGACGAGGAAUACAUGCCACCGAGAAGUCUUGAUUCCAUCUCUCAAACAGUUGCUUCAGAAAGCAGGAACUCUACUCCGUUUGAGCAGCUGGCAUUCAAGCGAUUCUCAUCGCAUGAAACGCCAUUCUCGAAGUCCGUCUCAAAGUUUUUCUCAUCCCCCGAGACUUCUCUUUCUGCAACAACAUCAGCAACUCUUGAGUUUUUGGAGUCGUCUAAGGAACAAUCGCUGAACGUUUCCUCCGAUUCUGCGGAUGAAAAACCGCAAGAUUUAGGUGAACAGGAGACAGCGCCAGAGGAAAAUGCGGAAAGUGUGAACUUGAAAAUGAAGCCACCACCUGACAAGAAAUGCCCGAUUUGUGAAGACCUGGUGUCCGGCUACCAUUACGGCAUGUACUCUUGCGAGAGCUGCAAGGGCUUCUUCAAGCGGACGAUUCACAGUAAGCGCUUUGAGAAGCUCAAAUGUGUCAACGGUGGGACGUGUGUGAUCACUCUGAAAAGUCGUAAGGUGUGUGCCUCAUGCCGCUUUCAAAAGUGCCUUUCACUGGGGAUGAAGUUUGAAGCCAUCAGGUCCGAUCGCCAGCGUGGCGGCCGCAGCCUGUACAACGGAUCUUCUGAACAACGUCGCCUCAGCAAGUUGGAAGAGGAAAAACAGAACCAGUUGAAGUGUUCUCAGCCUAAGAAGCGCAAACGGAGAGAGUCUACAUGUAUCUCAUGUAAACCGCCAGUCGCAUCAGAUAAAAGCGCCAACUCGACGCAGUCAAACAAGACUUUGACAGAUUCUGAGAGUGUCGCUUUGUCGCCGCAGCUGAGCAAAACAGAAGCGCCAGAACAUCGAAAAGACUUGAAAGUCGAAUCCAAACUACCCAAAGUGGUCUCUGUUCCAAAAAUUAUUUUGGAUCUGUCGGACAAGGAGAAAGAUUUUAUCCAGCAGUCCUUCCGAGAUUGCUGCCUCUGUAUCCUACGGGAAGAGAAGAACUUGAUUGUGACUCUGAGUCACAUCAUCAACCACACAAUGCUGCCUCUCAUCAGAUGGGUUCAGGGUCUUCCACUCUACAGGGAACUAACGAUCGAAGACCAGAUAAGACUACUGCACAGAUCAGUCCUUAAUCUGCUGUGUCUAAAGCUAAUCUUCUACUGCCUGGACAACAAGGGUCGACUUCUGAUGCCACAGAACCAGGUCAUUGACCUGAACGACUUCAGCGUGUCAAAGUUCAACCAGCUGGUACAUAAGAUCACCAAUAUUGGACACCAGCUACACAGUAAUGGCCUGAACAUGACGUCAUUCGUCUGCUUGAAACUUAUUUUGCUACUGAAUCCAGAUACACCGAUGCUUCAGAACAGGCAGCAGGUCCGCUCCUACCAAGAGUCCAUACAGAACACCUUCUUUACCUUCAUGUCCAAAGUGGAACCCAAAAACAGACGCCAAGCCGGGAAUCUGAUGCUGAGCCUUGCGGCGAUAGAGCGCGUCUGCCAGCAGGUCACUCUGGAGACCGUCUGCCACCUUGAGGUCGUCGAUGAGAUGUUCCGACUCGGCACCGACACUUCCCCGGAAAAGCCAUGGAUUCAGUGUAGGUUUUCGUGAGAAUGUGUUUUUAGUGUUUCUGCUUUUGAUUAUUGUACCUGUGUUUCUAUUGUUUAAAAACUCUUGGGAUGUACUUAAAGGCACUGGGCACCUUUGGUAAUUGUCAAAGACCAGUAUUUUCACUUGGUGUACUGCAAAACCAAAAUUUAUAUUUUUUAUACCGAUGCAAAAUUUACAUCUGUUAUAUAGCGGUGUGGUACUCACUGCCAAAACAUAUGAUUCGAAAUGCUCUGAUUUUUUUUGCAGGACUCGGCAAAGCACCGAGUAUACAUUGCGUACACACAUCGGUGUAAGGGUUAAAACCCACAGUAAAUCUUUCAAGGAACAGCAACUUUACAAAGUUGGCAUUAAGACCUGACAAGUCUCACGCGUCAGAACAAGAACACAUGUACUUUAAUCAAAUCUUUAUGUUAAAUUUUAUCUAUGAAAAAAAUACUCAUAACUAUGAUUUUUUGAAAAUGAGUUAAUUUUUUAUAAUAAAUAUACAGAUAAUUUGUUUAAUUUUAUUGAAACAAACUUAAAACUCUGGGACAAGGAAGCUUAUUUUAAUUUUAACAUAGAGCGUGACAAUCAAGCGAAUCAUAAACCAUGAUUCAUAAAUACCUCAGUUUCGCUAUUUCUAUUGGUGGAGAGCACGUCACGUGGGUGUGUAUAAACCUUUG